CCAUUCGGCGCGGUCACAUUGGUUAGUAAUAGUUAUGGAUAUUAAGCAUAAUUAAUCCUGAACGCCGACGCCCACAAAUCCGUACCGCCCGUCCUUCCAGCGCUGCAACAUAAAUCCCCGGAAACUGGCUAACUGGAAAGUUGGAGACACCCAAGAAACCGGAGAUAAAAUCAACAGACAACAAGAGCCCCAGUCUCUGUGUGUGUGUGUGGGUGUGCUUGUGUGUCUGCUGUGUGUGCGUGUGCAGUUGCUGUCUGUGUGCAACUGCGAGUGUGUGCGUAGAAGAGAGCGAGGGAGUCGAGCUUUGCAAAUAUUCGCCAGCCAAUUUCCAAUUUUCGGCAUUUAAUCGCAGUCUUAUCCGCCAGAAAGCCAUUUAUUUCGCUUUGCAACCGAACCAUAGAACAUGCUGCUCGAUUUCUCUUUAAAAAUCCGCUGAUAAACGGCCAAGAGGAAGUAACAACAACAGUGUGGAGCCGAAAAAAAAAAGUUAAUCAAAGGAAAUUAAAUAACAAGGCGACGGCAACAACACUUACAUAAAUUAACUCGCAACGCAACAACACUAAUAACAAUAGCUUAUCACACAGCAACAACAACAUCAGACAGCAGCCACAACAACAACAAAAACAACGAGGCAGCAGCCAGAAAGAACAACAGUUUAUCUCCAAUAUACAGCCGGCUGCACGAGAGCAAGCGGGAGAGAGAUAGCGCGAGGGAGCGAGCGAGCGAGAGAAGGGUGUGCGUGUUAGUGUGUGGGAGCAGGCAGCAAAAAAAAAAGAAAAAAAAAUAAAAACAACAAAAUAUACUUUUACAUUGUUCGACGCGCCUAACUGUAAAUAUAAAAGCACUUGCAAAAACAAGGAGAGAAAAAAUUGGAAAAAAUGGCACGCGGCUUCGAUCAUCUGUUCAAGCUGCUAAUAAUCGGCGAUAGCGGCGUGGGCAAGUCGUCGCUGCUCAUCCGGUUCUCGGACGACACUUUCUCGGGCAGUUACAUCACCACCAUCGGCGUGGACUUCAAGAUCCGCACCGUGGAUAUCGAGGGCAUGCGCGUAAAGCUGCAGAUUUGGGACACGGCCGGGCAGGAGCGCUUCCGGACGAUCACCAGCACCUACUACCGCGGCACCCACGGCGUCAUCGUUGUCUACGAUGUGACGAACGGAGAUUCAUUCGCGAAUGUACGCCGCUGGCUGGAGGAGAUCCAGAACAAUUGCGAUGUGGUUAAAAAAGUAUUAGUGGGCAACAAGAACGAUGAUCCGGACAGGAAGGUGGUCAUCACCGAGGACGCGCAGCGGUUCGCGAAACAAAUGGACAUCGAGCUGUACGAGACAUCUGCCAAAGACAACAUCAACGUGGAGAACAUGUUCUUGUCGAUCACGCGGCAGGUGCUCGACCACAAGCUGCGCACCUCCCCCAACGAGCAGCAGAAGGACACGCUCCACCUGAAGCCCAAUCCCAAGGGCACCAAGGGUGGGAAGUGCUGCAGGUGAAAGCGGCUCCGGCACGGGAGCUGGCAUUGUGACUGGAUCGACGGCGACGGCGGCGGGUCGGGGAUCGGAACCGGAUUAAGGACCAGGACCUGGAUCAACUCCGGGGGCGGAUGGAAUCGUUGUGGGGGCGCGUAGUUUGUAGGGUUCUUGGCGUACGAUACGGCACACACACUCACUCACAUAGACAUAGCUUACACCAACAAACAAACAAACAACACAAUACAACAACACUCACACCCACUAGAGACAACAACUUUUUUUUGUUUUGUUUAUUUCCUCCUGUGUUUUUUAUUCGGAAUAAUGCCAGAUAGCCGUAAAUUAAAGUGUAAAAGUGUAAAGCGCAAUUAAAUGUAUUUAGCAAUUUAUAUACAUAUUAAUAUAUACAUAAACAAAAUUUAAACAAAUCGCAUAUUUAUAUACAAGAAUAUAUUUAUAUUUCAAACGGAAAUUUGUAUUUACAAUUACAAAAGCGACAGCAAGAAAAUGUAUAAGGUCGAAAAUUUAUCGAACGCUAAAUGUACGUACAUUUCUAUGUAUACAUGUAGGGGAGGUAAAAAAAGCAAAUUAUUGGCUUCCGAUCGCGAUUCUUAACUCCAUACUAAUAUAUUUUUAAAACCAAAUAACGGAAGUCUCUAAAACACCACGACAAUUUAAUGGCCAAAUACGUAUUUUAAAUAAUUUUUUCAUAAAUUUACAAUAACAUGUUUUUUACAUAUUGAGUUUAACUUCCAGAAAUCUAGAAUCUCCAUUUAACUUGGUUGAAAUAAUGAUUCAAGAACAUUUAUGUUAUUCCCAAAAACUGCCUUACUUUGUUAAGAUUUAGUUUGAUAUUAUAACUGCCAUUCCAUAAUUGGAAAUACUGGGUUAACUGAACUGUUGGACAUUUUUUUAUGCACUCUUAUCAAUAGCCUACAAAUCUCAAAAUUUGUCAUUAAAUAUCACUUCCGGUGAACCUUUUUUCGCA